AUGAGCGAACCGGUUAUUGAUUUAAGAUGGGGCGCUUUUGAUCACAUGGAGACCCGCCAUAUGUCUACCCAACUCUUUUUGGAAGAAAUCAAACGCUGCCAGAAACUUUCAGUGAGUUCCAGCUUCAUUGCACUGCUUGGAAAUGAUUACGGCCGCUCCCCCACUCCUCUGACCAUUGUGGAACUGGAAUUUGAGACCAUUAGAGCACAACUUCUGGAAGAGCCCAAGACCUUGCAGCUUCUGGCUCAAAGGUACCUGAAGGAUGAGAACGCCAUCCCUCCCGUGUAUGUUCUACAGCAAUCAUCUCAGGCAGACCCAGAUGGCCUGGAGGAAGACUUGCUCUUGAUCCUCCGUAGGGCUGCCUGCCAAGCACAAAAGAAUGGGAUCAUCAGCCAGGAGCAGUUGCAGAAUUACCACAAGUCAGAGAUACAUCAGGAAAUUGAGGCUGGCCUCUUCAGAUCAGGUGAAUGCGAUGGCCAAAGUACCAUGGUGUUCUUCACAGAGGUGGACAUGCCCACAUCAGAUAGAGUGGACUCACGACUGGGCACAGAUGAAGAUGGUGGUGAGCUGCACCCUGAAGAACCGCAACAGUUAGCAGAUCUGAAGGCAAACAUCGUACGCAGGUGUCCUGAGCUGAUUAAGGUUCACAGGGUUCCAUAUGAGAUAGGACCCACGUCUAUCCGGCACAAGCCCUGGCCCAAGUAUUUGAAGGAUUUCUGUGACCAAUUCAUCGCUGCCACCAACCAUCACGUGCUCAGGAGCCUGCGAUCCCAAGAACAAAACCUUGGGAAGCCGCCUGAGCUGAUUUGGGAGCUCACACAUCACAUGGCCCUUGGUCAAAAACACAGCCAGGCUUUCUGCUGGCAGCAGAAUCUGCUGGGUCGCAUUUGCCAGCGCAUUAAACAGAACCACCAUCGAGCCCAUUCCCCACUUGUCAUCUAUGGCCCCUCCGGAUGUGGCAAAACAGCCCUCUUGUACCAUUUAGGUGAAGCCAUACAAACCACCCUGGAUCAGGAAACGGUGGUGAUACUUCGUUUGCUGGGAACUUCGCAGGAUAGUUCCACACGGAACAGCCUUCUCCACAGCCUCUGCCAACAGGUUUGCUUAGCCAUGGGCUUCCCUUACACCAAGCCAGUUGGCAAUCCAGUCCUGCUCUUCCACCGCCUGCUUUCUUCAGCUUCUUGCCAGGGCACACGGUCCCUCGUCCUGCUCCUUGAUUCGAUGGAGCAGCUACGCACCCCUAGAAAUGCUCGGAGAGCUUUCUGGUUGCCAAAAACCUGCCCUCCAAAGACACACCUGAUUCUUACUGUGCUGCAGAAGGAAAGCGAAGUCCUGCAGAAGACGACUGGGGCUCCAGAGGAUUACUUUGAGAUGGGGCCUCUUUCUCAAGAGCAAGUGGCGGUGAUUCUCUCCAAAGCUUUGGCAUCCGCAGGGCGUACGCUGAGGCCUGCCCAGCAGGAGUUGUUCCUGCAAAGCUUUGCAAAGGGUGGCUAUGCUCUGCCAGUGGCCCUGGCCAUAAGACAAGCCCAGCGUUGGACUUCCUACGCUCAACUUGCAGCACCAGCCGUAUCGUCUACAGUCUCAGAGUUUGUGCAUCGCUUGUGUGACCACCUGGAAGCGGCGCAUGGCCCUGUCUUAGUAGCACAUGUAUUUGGCUAUCUUGCCUGUGCCCGACAUGGGCUCUCAGAAGCAGAGCAAAAAGAUAUCUUGUCCCUUGACAAUGAGGUUCUGGCUGAGAUUUAUCGGCUUCAUCCUCCUCCAAGCAAGGCGAUCCUCCGCUUUCCACCCCUGCUGUGGGCUCAGUUAUACCAGGAUUUGGCUCAGUGGCUGGAGGACCGGUGGGUGGAUGGCUUUGUGCUGAUGGGUUUUGCCCACAGGGAGUUGGCUGAUGCUGUGGAGCAACGCUACCUGUCCAUGCCAGAAGAAAGGAUCAAGCGUCACCUGCUCCUGGCAGAUUAUUUCAGGGGAACAUGGAGCUGGGGCAUGAAGAAACCCAUCCAGCUGCCAUCCUCCAACAAGCCUGUGAGCUUUGAGAGGAAGGUGAUUCCUCAGCCGCUUUGGUUCUCCAGUACCCUUGCAAACCAGAGGAAAUUGAGCGAGCUGCCUUUCCAUUUGCUACAGGCAGGUCUGUUUGAGGAGUUGCAAAGAGAUAUUUUGGGGAACAUGAACUGGAUCAUCUGCAAAGUGACUUCCGCUGGCAUAGAGAGCUUGACUGCUGAUUUUGCCAUGUGCCUUGCCCAGAUCAACUGCCCAGAGCUGCAUCUCCUGCAAGAGACUUUCCUGCUUCUGCAUCCUCUUGUGGAUAGCACACAGAUCCAUGGAGAGAACCCAAAUCAAAUAAUCAAGAAUUACUGCAAUGCUUAUGUAGCAGCAUUAUUGAGAAAGACCCCAUAUAUAACAAAGGGAUGCAUUCUUAUUUAUAUAUCCCAGAAGGUAGGAGAGACUAAUGCAUUAGUCACAGAUGCUGUAAAUAUACAGAACGCAAACAGAAGACGGUUCCACAUCUCCUAUCUUUCUCCCUCUCCAGAAGUGAGCAUGAUCUACACGGAGAUAUUGGCACGGCUGUUUUCCCUCAGGCCAUCCUACCCUAAGAUCAUUGGGAAUGUGUGUGGGCAGUGCGAGAGCUGGUUUGGUGCAUGGCCCCAUCCUGUCCUCAUCCCUCGCUCUGGAUUUUUCCAUCCGCCUAGAGGACCUCUGUGCAGAACGCUACCUGGAUUUCCUAAAGGCACUUCAGUGCUGGAAUUCAACCUUGACCAAAAGUUGCUUUUGGCUGGUUCUGUGGAUGGUUCUAUGAUCAUAUGGGACAUGGAAGAUUUUACUGUUCAACAGGUCCUAACGGGACACUCUGGUGAGGUGAAAUGUGUGAAAUUAUUUGGGAAAGGUUCCCGUGCUGCCUCGGUGGCCAUGGAUCGGACAUUGCGCUUGUGGUGUCUGGAUUCGGCCAAGGAGGACUUCUCUAUCCACAAUGUUCACCCUGGAGAGCUGAGAUGCUGCCAGCUGCACAUAGAUGAAAAGAACCAGAUCAUAUACUGGGCAUCAGGUUUGGAGGUCAGCGCUUGGCAUCUGGAGACAGCUGUACCCAUUUUCCACAUCUCCGCUGAGCCUCCAGGCCAGUGGCUCUGUGGAACUGUGUUUGUACCAAGGCUGGUGAUUGUGACUGUAUCUGAGAGGGGUGUCUUCAGGCUGUGGGACAGCAUCAGCGGACAGCUACACUCUGAGCAGGAACUGAGAGGGCUGGGAGAAGAGACCCCAACAUGCAAUGUAUUGCUCCAUACGCUGGGCAGGAUGGUGGCCGGCUUCAGCAAGGGCUCCCUCUUGAUGAUCUCGUUUGAUGGGCACAGCUUACUGGAAAAGCUCCCAGAAAGGAUCAGCUUUGUGGUGCUUUCAAAAGACGAAUCUCUCCUGGCAACAGGUUUUGGGCCCCGUGUAAGAGUUUUCCUGGGCCGUGUGACAGGAUUCCGUCAAUUCUUGGCCUCAGAUCUGCUGCAUUCUGCUAAGGUUUGUGCAGCUGCUAUUUCGGCAGACAAUACCACCAUUGUCACAAGUUCCCAGGACGAAUGCAUCUGGUCGAGAAGUACCCUCAACGGGAGGAAUCGGCCAGUGUUUAUUGACAUUUGUCUCCCACCAGAAAAGGAGCAUGAUAAAUUGGAUGCAUCAGCUCCAGUCCAGUGUCUGGAAGUGGCUGAGCAGAAGAAUCUUCUCUUUGUGGGGCUGGUUUCUGGAACAGUGCUAGUGUUUCCCUUGGAUUCCAGGCAAGACAUUGGUUGCAUCCCUCCAGCAGAGAACCAAAAACCUAUUUGCAGCUUGGCACUAACUCAGAAUGAAAAUCAGCUGGCAGUUGCUUGUGAUGACCUUGUGCAGGUUCUAGAUCUGCAUCAGGAAGAAAUGGGUCUCUUGAUUGACCGGCCAGCUUACACCUUUUAUACACAGAUCCCUAAUGCAACCAUUUCUAACAUGGCUCUUCUAUCUGGGUACCGGGUGCUCUAUGGAAUGACUAAUGGGCAGCUCUUCAUGUACUACUGCUUGGAGGCCCAUGUGUUCCCACUAGAAGCUCAUGGGAACUCCAUCACCUGCCUGACGACCAGCCAUAGAGAGAAAUGGCUGCUGAGUGGCUCAGAAGAUUCACUGCUGUAUCUCUGGGAUGUUCAGCUCCGCUCCUGGGAGCACCAGAUGUUUUUCCAGAAGGAAGAUUCCUUUUCCCGUGGCAUUUUCUGUGCAUGUUUUUCAAAGGAUGACCGGUACCUGUUCAUCAGCAAUUUGGAUCAGUGUGUUACAGUGUGGGAUGUCUCCCAAGGAGUCCUCUUAGCAGUUCAGUUUGUGCAUGCAAAAAUUACCAGGAUGGUGUCAACAGCUGAAGGCUUUGUUGCAACAACACAACUUGGCUACCUCAUGCGGGAGAGAUUCCGCUGCCCGCAAACCAUCAACUUUUGCCAUGAUAUGCUCAGCAGUGUUAAAGCAACGUACACAGUGAAAUCUCGGCUAAAAGAGAGCCAGGAUCCAGGAGAGAUUCGGGGCAAUCUAAGGAACGCACAGAGGUGUACCAACAAGUUAUCACAAAUUUGUAGGAUUGUGUGAAUUGUCUACAAAGAGUGACAAAGAGUCGAAUAUCUACCUUGUCAUCCACAAGUGAACUUCACUUGGCUGUUUCCUCACUUCCUUAGAAUAUAUUUGUUUAUU